CGACUCGGCUGCGCUGCAAAAGUGGGGCGGCUGCUCCUUGCCUUUCUUCCGACCAACCAUCGUCGUGUGAGCGACUGGUAUGGCGACGACAGAUGCAUCGAGCCAGGUCAAGGAUACUGGCGAUGGAUUCAAGUACAAUGGUGUAGCGUCCAAGGGCAGAGGCAAACUCAGGCAGAAGGAGCCAUCAACGAGAGCAGACAGCGGCGCACACGUCCAGCUACAACGAGGCGCACCUCGAGAUGAUCCUCAAGCUUUGGUCUCGGAGCUACGAGACUCGAUAGAGCGAAAGAAGACAGAGCUGCUAGCAGAUGGAAAGCAUGGCGAUCAUAUACAAAGCUGCCUCUCCUCCUACUUCUCUUCACUACGAUGGGAUCAUAGCAGGAAACAACCUUCAUCCUCCAGAUUACCGACCCGCAUGUAUGCUCUUGGUAUCGGAGAAAUCAGUCAGAGUCGAUCUGCCCAAGCACAGGUGGCCCUGUUGCUUGAGAUGGCAGAUCACAUCGCGCGUAUAGCAGAGGAGGAGCAGAAAAGCAAGUUGCCGUCCGGCACUAGCGGCCAAGGCUCCUCUUCUGCAUCGUCUCAGAAUGGCAAAGUGGAUUCGGAGAAGUCUUUCCAGCCUUCGCUCCGACCAGCGCUCAUGGCCUUCGACCCAAUCUUCAGCGACAUAGAUAGAGCGGUGCUCACUUCAUUGGGCGUGACACCUCUGACCCGCGAAGAAGCAUCCGCUCAAGCCUGCUAUGAGGCAACGUUCCCACCUUCCAGCGGAGGAUCGGCAACGACUGCUUUCCAAGAAGAGUACAGCCUCAUGUAUAUGCCCCACUGCCCGAGGCCUCUCUCGGAACGAUAUCUUCGGGCUUUCUGGAGCAGGGAAGCUCUGCUAAAACACCGGGUCUCGUUCUGCUGGAACAGGGUGGGAAGAUAUGCUGAGUUCUUGACAGACGAGAAGCUCAAUCGCGAGUCGCCAUGCUUGUACCGCAUCAGUAAGUGCCCUGAGCACAGUCAUUGCGGGUCGUACACGUCCAUAUCCGGAGGGACCGCUUACACUGCUUUCUUCUUUUCCAUAUCCUGCAGUCCCACACCUCAAGACUCACCCGUUGCCCUCGCUGUCCCCGCCAUAUGCAGAGGCACUCAACGAUCUGGUCUUUGAGUACGUUCGCGAUCCUGACGAGGAGAUCGAGCAGACGACCAAGGCCGCUGCUGCUUCCAAUACUCGGGACAGCAACAACAACAACGAGCUCGCUGAGAGCCUAUCAAGACUGCAGCUCUCCAAUCCGAUCUCAGUGGGCACGCACGCAUCACAUACUUUGCCUUCCACGGAAGCUCAAGGUCAGAUACCCUGUGCGGACGAUACGUCGGAAGAAGCCGCCUUUACUGUUCAAGUCGCGAGAAAGAAGAAGAAGCGGCGGCCUCAACGCAAUGGAUCUGCGAGGGAGGAAGAAAAGGCAACUGUGCGGCCAGACAUCCGGUCGGAGGACUUCUGGGAGCUGCCGCCUGUCUUUGAAAGUGGAGAGGGGUC